GAUUGCGAUAUAAUAAUCUCAUAUCAGUAGUGAUUGUCAUAAAUAAAAUAAUAUAUAUUAAUAUUUCAAAAUGAAUAAUCCUCAACUACUUAUUGAUUCAUUGAUUGAAAACGUUGCAUUCGGUCCCACUCUCCCCUAUUGAUUUACAUAUUUUGCGAACGAUUUUCCCAAAGUGCAUCAUCCCUCCCGUAACCCGUCGAUAUAUUCAUGGUAAAAAUUUUCGACGGUAUAAAGAGCUGUCUUCUAUUCCACCCCCUUCCCUCCUGCAUUCUGCGGUACAGAGUCAGAAGAAAAUAAACCCCAAGAACGCGGCAACGAGCCAUUAAAAUUCGGCACGGGAAAUACAUUUGGAAAAAAAAAAAAAAACAAGAACUUGCGGGGAGAAUUUUUCAACUUUUUUUUUUCCCAGGGAGGAGAAAGUGUGCGGAGACAAAUGGCGAACGACGUAACUGGAACGUUUGAAGGCUCUGAGCCGAUCAUAGUGUCUCCAUCAUCCGCUGGUGAGUCUCACGCGCCGACGACCAAUUUCACUUGCAUCGACCUCGAGGGUAACUUUCAUCCGUCUCACCAAUGCGCUAGAACACCCAGUCUGAGGAGGCAGAGUAUCGCCUUAAAUGCUAUUAUAAACCACAGACGAGCUUUAAUAGGAGCAUUGAUCACGGGAGUUGGUAGUAACCUGUCUCUUCCAUCCUGUGUGAAUCAGGAUCAAGAACUGUCACGUGGUAGCAAUUCCUCUAUUGUCGCGGUUGGCCAACACGUCCAAGGGAGAAAUUCUAAUGGAGACAGCCAGACACAUAGAGGAUGCAUACAUCACCCAAAUUUGCUGCAACUCACGCCUGUCAAUACUGCAUCAAGUCCCUUAACUUCUUUAGAUGCAUCAAAAGCUCUGUGUGAUUCAUCCACGAUAAUUCAGGGAGAAGGGGGAUUACAGAGGACAGGAAAAUAUCGCAAUCAACAUUCGACAUUUCCGUCAAACCGUCAUCAUUUACGAAGGCAUCGGGCCGAAUUGAUCUCAUCUGUAAGCACACUUUAUGCUAAACUAUUGGUUGUAGUGGGUGUGACAGUGCCAGUAACGGCAAGCAUAGGUCAACCAGUGCCUGCUGCUCUCCAUCAGGGAUUUUAUCUCUACCUGUACUUAGUCAGUGGUGGAUUUGUCAUCACGAUGUAUACGAUUUUACUGCGUGAUAAAGCUGUGAAUAAACUACUGGUGCACAAUGAUAAACGAGAUGGUGUAUUUUUCUACGAUGAAUAUGGUAACAAGCGUCGAACUUUUCAGCACGGCCAGCAGUACGGAAGCUUCUGCUUGCGUCUGGGUGCCAUCGGCUUUGGUGCUGGCUCGUUAGUAUUUACUGGAUUGCAAAUCGGGGCGGAAAUAGCGUCUGCCGAGCCAUUUAGGGCGAUUACACCGGGCGCAAGACUCCUUCUUGUUACCGCUCAAAUGCACUUCAUAUUCCUGAAUAGCAAAGAUCUGGAGUUAGCCAAACACGGUGCCCUCGCUAAAUUGGGACUCAUGCACAUGAUUGCUACGAAUAUCUGUGAAUGGUUACAGGCGCUGGUCGAAGAAACGCGUCACGAGAUAUCGCACCUAGAGUCAAAAACCACCCCAAAUGAGGAGGGAAUUUUAAAAAAUCUUCUCCGCGAUGCUUCACCCUUUCUUUUUCCCUGCACAAUAGAAUUCAGUCUAAUCUGCGCUGUAAUUCUCUACGAAAUGUGGAAGCGAGUGGAUCGAGUCGUACUCGUCAAAUCAAACCCACCAACGAGGUCAGUUCACCAACUGAGUAUCGACUGCAGCAACGCUCACAGAGGCCUCUUCGGUGGUAUUCUCAUCAUAGCAGCUACUGUUCUCAGUCUCAUAAUGUUCUUCGUACUGAAGGAUGCGAAACCCAAGAUGGCUAUUGAACAAGUAACUGCCCUCGAGACAGCCAUUUUAAUUGCUGGAGGAAUAGCCGCUGUGAGUGGUGCACUAAAGUUACGAAGAUUGGAAUGGAAAGACACAAAACCACCGCAUCUUGAUUCAACUUUACUGGCAGCAGCGCAAGCUGGAGUCUAUCUGCAUUGUCUAUUUGGUGCUGUUGGAGGUGUAUUAACAAUGGGCCCGACUUGGGGACUUUCACUUGGAGCUGAUUUUAUCAGUCUUGUACAGAGUACCAGUCAAACACUACUUAUCAAGAUUGCCUGGCGCAGACAGUCCACGUCGAAUGCUAAACCCGGCAAGGAGCUUAUUACUUUUCUGAUUGUCAUGAACAUUGCCCUAUGGAUUGUAAAUAGUUUCGAGAAAUCUCGGGCCGAUGUGAGACCCGAGCACUUGGAGUUCUUCGGUGUAUGGGCAUGGACGAUAAUAACACAUGUUUCAAUGCCCCUCGCUAUAUUCUUUAGAUUUCACUCAGCAAUUUGUCUAUUCGAAGUUUGGAAGAGUUGUUACAAAUAUAAACCCACAGCUGUGUCAUCAACCGCCCAUAUAUUUAAUAAAUAAAUUU